AUGUUGAACAAGAUGACCUCUUACCAUCAGCACCAGAUGAUGAGAGGUCCUAGAUGGAAAGGGGCUUGGUUCGACCCCUUAUUCCUCCUGCUCUUGGCUCUGCAGUUACUUGCAGUGGCAGGAUUAGUAAGGGCCCAGACAUGUCCCUCUGUGUGUUUCUGCAGCAACCAAUUUAGCAAGGUCAUCUGCACACGCAGAGGACUCAGGGAAGUCCCUGAUGGCAUCUCCACAAACACACGCUACCUGAACCUUCAGGACAAUCAUAUCCAGGUCAUCAAAGUGGACAGUUUCAAGCAUCUACGGCAUUUAGAGAUCCUCCAGCUUAGCAAAAAUCAUAUCCGCAACAUUGAGAUCGGCGCCUUCAAUGGGCUAACCAGCCUUAACACCCUGGAGCUCUUUGACAAUCGCCUCACAACCAUCCCAAAUGGAGCUUUUGAAUAUCUCUCUAAGCUCAAAGAACUAUGGCUUAGGAAUAACCCGAUUGAGAGCAUACCAUCCUAUGCUUUCAACCGUUUACCAUCCUUAAGGAGACUGGACUUGGGGGAGCUCAGGCGUCUCUCCUAUAUCUCAGAUGGAGCAUUUGAGGGCUUAAGCAACUUGCGCUACCUGAACAUGGGAAUGUGUAACCUCAAGGAGGUCCCCAACAUUAGGCCCUUAGUUCGCUUGGACGAGCUUGAGAUGUCAGGGAAUCAGCUGACGGUGAUCCAGCCUGGUUCGUUCAAGGGUCUUAUUCACCUCCAGAAGCUGUGGAUGAUGCACUCCCAGAUCCAAACAAUUGAAAGGAACUCUUUUGAUGACCUUCAGUCAUUAAGUGAGCUGAACCUGGCUCACAAUAACCUCACGUUUGUGCCCCAUGACCUUUUCACUCCUUUGCGCCAUUUGCAGAGAGUACAUCUACACCACAAUCCCUGGAAUUGCAACUGUGACAUCCUGUGGUUAAGCUGGUGGCUAAGGGAAACCGUACCAACUAACACCAGCUGCUGCGCUCGCUGCAACUCUCCUCCAAGCCUCAAGGGGCGCUACAUUGGUGAGCUGGACCAGAGCUACUUUCAGUGUUAUGCACCGGUCAUUGUUGAGCCUCCUGCAGACCUCAAUGUUACUGAGGGAAUAGCAGUGGAGCUCAAAUGUCGGACAAAUUCUCUGACCUCAGUCAGUUGGCUAACACCAAAUGGCUCCAUUAUGACCCAUGGAGCAUCCCAGGCACGUGUCAUGGUGCAUAACGAUGGAACACUGAACUUCACCAGUGUUACAAUGCAUGACACAGGGAACUACACCUGCAUGGUGAGCAACAUGCUGGGAAACAUUUCAGCUUCUGCAGUCCUCAACGUGACCUCCAUAGAAAACAGUAGUUUCAGUUACUUCACCACAGUCACUGUUGAGAUCAUCGAGACUCCAAUUGAUGGGUUGAGUAGGACCCCUGUGCAGCCUUCCUUUGGCUGGGUGGCAUCAUCUACUACAAGGGCGACCCCAAUUUCCACAGAGAAAGCUUAUACCAUCCCUGUGACGGACAUAGACAUUGAGGGAGCUCUCAAUGGUUUGGAGGAGGUAAUGAAGACCACCAAGAUCAUCAUCGGUUGCUUCGUGGCCAUCACACUGAUGGCUGCUGUCAUGCUCAUCAUAUUCUACAAGAUGAGAAAGCAGCACCACCAGCAAGAUCACAAUGGGCCCACUCGCACAAUUGAGAUCAUCAAUGUAGAUGACGAACUGGCAGGGGUUCCUGCGAUGGAGAGCCACCUCACUCUUCCUCCACUGGAGCACGAGCACUACAACCACUACAACUCAUACAAGAGUGCUUACAACCACGCUUCGACGCUUGGCUCGCUGCAUAGCUCUGCACAUGAACCUUUACUAAUCCAAGCCAGCUCAAAAGAUAACGUGCAAGAGACGCAAAUUUGAAUUUCCUCACUUUGAACAGGAAAAGUUGAUCUGUACUAACAAAGGUAUUGGCUUUGGUGGCAGACGUGUCGUGAUCAUGAAGACGGGGAUGUCACUGAGGAUGUAUGUAUUAUUUCAACAAAUGUGUUUACAAGCAAAGAUUAUUUAUUUAAAAAUAGGUCUCGUGGCUGAAUCAAAAAAAAG